UUUCAUCCUUCACUUCUCUCCAGGAUGCGGAAGGUGGUCUUAGCUGCAGGGGAGACACCAGGUCACUUCUGCAAGAGUGGUCCUGGUAAGUGGCAACUGGCCAAGCAGAGGGGAUACAGGCAGGUAACAGCGAGUUGACUCUGGACUUGGAAGAUCACAGCAGACUGAAAUUCUGGAAUAUCUGAAUGAAAAACCUUCUAAUACAGUUCCAACAUCGGUCUAUGCGGGAUCAGUCCUGUCAGGCUAAUCUGAUCAGCUUCUAUGAGGAAGUCAGUUAUAGAUUGGACCAGGGUAAAGCUGUGGAUGUUUUAUAUCUGGACUUUUCUAAGGCAUUUGAAACUGUGCCACACAAAAGGAGCCAUUUAUAUGAAUGAGUGUCCAAGCAAUUCAUACACGCCUAUAUAUCUCGUGGUUAAUGGAGUCAUGCAUAUGGUGCCUAUUUUAUUCUUACUUCUAAUAGCUCUGCUGGACAAAGCAUGCGUUAUUUCAGAGAUUUGGGCUAUUUUACCCAACUAUGUCUGGUUUAUUAUAGGUACUCCUUUUGUGUUUACAACGGAUGACGAUACAGAAAUUAUUUUAUGUGACCCAAAUCUUUACUAUUUUACAAUUGGAAUAUUAAUCUUCGACCUAGUGAUCUAUGUAAUGAUGAUACUUUAUUGGAAAUAUGGCUCUAGAAUACGCGCUUAUUGUUCUGAAUGCUGUGGAUCUUAUGAGAGGCUUGAGUGACAGAAAGACACAGAAAAGUAUUCAACAGAGCAAUUUCUUAUGUGACUACUAUACUUUAUACAGAAACUAGAGUUUUUAAUGGCCUCUGCCAGAAAAUACGACAUGGAUUUCUGAUUUGACUUUAUAAAAAAUAAAUAAAUAUUUUUACU